CUCGUAGAAGGUUUAUCGUGUCAUAAUCUGGGAAUUGGAACGUCGCGCGUGAUCAAAAAUAAAUAUCCCAUCUGUUCUGAAUAUUGUGUAAGUUUUGUUUUUACAAAAACUCACCCCGAUUAUGUGUGUGUAACGACGAAGAUUGUUUAUAGUUGCAUCAUAAAACAAGUUUGGUUUCUUAAUUUUGUGUUCGCAAAGUGCACUCAGUGAGGUUUUUGUUUCGUUCCGUCUAUUGUUACUGGAUUUAUUAAUUCUAAUAAGGCGUAUAGCGUCGGAAAAAGAUCACACUGAUCUUCAACAUGAUGCGAUGACCUGAAAGCGAUGCUGCUGCAGCAGGCGUCAUCGUCGCCUGGUCCCAGCGGCACGGCCAGUCCAAAACUUCCGCCUAGUCCAAGACCCAAUCCUAGCCCAAACUUCGGCACUCGUCUCACCGGUAGCCCCAGUUUGAGUGAUGGAGCUUCGAGCUCUAAUAGUCCCAGAUUGGGCGCCAACAGUCCCAAGUUGGGCGCCAGUCCGAAAUUUGGGAGUCCACGGCUGGGGACUGGGAGUCCUAGACCGAGUCGGGCGUUUGAAGACGAGGCUGCGUUGGAAAGACUACAAGCCGAGUUAAAAGAAGGCUGGACUGUACACACGGGGAGAGAUGGCAGACUGUAUUAUUGCAAUCACGUCACGCGAACUGCGAACUGGCUACCACCGGCGGAGAGCUGGCCCGUCAGCAGGGACGGUAGCGGCAGUGGCAGCGGGAGCCAUGCUGACCAGGAGGAUGAAGACCUGCCUUACGGGUGGGAGCAGGCGCUGGACAGCCGCGGGAAAGCUUACUACAUCAACCAUGUCAACAAAACAACAACAUAUGUGGCGCCCGAGGGUUGUUCGUGCGAAUCACCCCCCGCACCCAGGGAUGUGGUGCUGGAGCGAGACCCCGAACUGGGUUUCGGGUUCGUAGCGGGCUCCGAGAAACCGGUACUAGUUCGGUUUGUGACCGAUAACUCACCCAGUGUAGGGAAGCUCGAGCCCGGGGACCAGAUUCUCUGCGUUAACGGAGAAGACGUCAGCCUCGCUGCCCGGGAGUACGUCAUAUCAGCAGUCAGAGCUUGUACGGAACAAGUCACGCUACGAGUAUGCCAGCCUGCCAGGAGUGGGAAUCCUAUGAGGAGAUCUGCACUGCUGUCGGCAGCGAAGAGGGCCAGACUGCGAGCCAGGCCACCUAGAGUGAGAUUCGCUGACUCCGUGCAGUUAAACGGCGCGCCUAUGUACCCGCCAUCAGCCUUCUCUCUCGGCGAUCUCUGUUUGCCACCAAUGGCGAAUGUCCUGAAAGUUUUCCUCGAGAAUGGACAGACGAAAUCCUUCAAAUACGAUAGCACGACCACCGUCGCCGAUGUCGUGACCAGCCUGAAGGAUAAGCUGUGCAUAACAGCUGAAGAACAUUUUAGUUUGGUGGUGGAACAUGUCAAGAGUUUAAAGAGGAAUAAGCUAACCCUUUUGGACCCUAAGGAGUUUUUAGCGAGAAUCGCCGCUCGGCCUGGCUCCCACAAAAUGCGAUGCCUAUUCCGUAUCGUAUUCAUGCCCACAUCGGCAGCAGAACUGGCACAAAGAGAUCUAGCGGCUCUCGACUACCUCUACCUGCAAUGCUGCAAUGAUGUGGCUCAGGAGAGGUUUGCUCCUGAGCUGCAGCCGGAUAUAGCUUUGAGAUUAGCAGCGUUACAUAUGCAUCAACAUGCUUUAGCUAACAACGUGUCUCCCGCCAAACUCACUGUCAAGGCUGUUGAAAGGGAGUUUGGUUUGGAACGGUUUGUGCCCAGUGGAUUAUUGGAGAGCAUGAAACGCAAGGAAUUGCGGCGACUGAUCGCACACUUCCUGAAACUGAACUCGCAAAUGACUGGCAGUCAACGGCAAUUGACUCAACUGCAGGCGAAACUCCACUACUUGGACAUAGUGGCUGGCCUGCCGAGUUAUGGCGCAAAAUGCUUCAGCAGCACUCGACCUGAGCGGGUGCUCCUCGUAUCGCCGCGCUUUGGCCUCAGCCAGAUCGUUGGCAGAAGCAACUCUGUGCCCCAAUCAAUCGCCUCUUUGGAAGAAGUGGAGGGCAUUAGAGUAAAGCCGGAAGGUUCUGGAAGCUCCGAUGUUGCAAUAUUCUUAAAAAGAGACCGGGUCCUGGCGCUGCUUAUGGACGAGAGAGACGCAGCUGAGAUGCCUUUAGUGAUUGCCGGGUAAUUCGAACUGGCGACUAUGACAACGAACUAUAUGUAGAGCAGGUUCCGAGAACCUAUAACCGAAGAUAUAGCUCCGCCGUACUUAUCGCAACACAACGUCGUACCAACCAAAUGGAGCUACCUGAACUGUGACGAUCCAAAUGUUCUCUCCAAAAAACAUUAUGCGAUCUUCAGUAUGCCUCCACCGUACCAUUCCACGCCGGACCAGUCUAAAUCCAGCUUAGACACCAACAUGAACUCCAGUAUUACUAAUAGAAAUCACAGCAAUAGCUCCAGUCCAUUAAUCGGCUACGAUUCCAAAUCUGGAUUACUUGGACAUGAUAUGCAUUUGGAUAAAUGUAAGAGAAACGAGGAAUUUAGAUUAUUCGAUCCAAAUGAUGCUUGUUAUUUGGAUGAUGGCAUGGGUUUUGAUCUUCAAAGUGUUCUGUCUAUGGAACUCUUAGAGAAUGCGAGCAAUAACCCUAGAUUAAUGGAAGCUAAGAACGAAGAAGUGUUAAGAAGGGUGGCAGAAAUGCAAAAGUUAGUAGAAAAUUCUGAACAAUAUUUGACUGAAAAUUGUGAUGUUUAUAAUGAUGAUAUGUACAAUGGUGGUGUAUUAAGAGAUGAGUUUUUAGGUAAAGAAUCCAGUGUAGAUCAAUUAGAAAGUGAUACUGAAUCGAAUAAUAGUAGAAUGUCGGCAACCGAUGAUGCUCCUGGUAUUUUGAAACACAGUGAUUCAUUAUUACUUUUAACAGAAACCAUAAAUCAAGGACUAAGUGGUUUAAACGUACCAGAAAAUGUGAAAGACAAUAAUGUUACUGGGUUAACGACAAGACAAUCUCAAGGGCUCAGUGCUAUACUAAAUAACUGUGGGUUAACCGACGCUUUAUUAGCUUUAAACAAUGAUGUUUGUCAUUCAGAAAGUGAUAACGAUUCAUUGUAUACUCCUACAAGUAGUCCUAUUAGAAGACACCAAAAUAAGCCUACUAAUAAAGUAGUUAGAACUAGUUUCGGUUUACAUAGUCCAGAUGCAAUACCAGACAAUAAAGAACCAAAUUUAAAAGAAUACUUAAAACAGCUUCGAGAAAAGAGUAGUCAAGAAGAUGCAAGAGCUACUGAAUUUCCAUUUUAUUGCCAAGAAAGUAUGGUUGAUAAUGACGCCGAGCUUAUAGAUUUAACAUUGAUACCUCCUCCACAAACCCCUGAUGAACUAGACUGUGCUACGCAAGUGCCUCAAAUUUUACCAGUCGUUCCACCUUCAUUUGCUGAUGACAAGGAACAUAUACAAGAAAAUAAUGCACCAAAAGCUAGCGAACUUGAAGAAUUUAUAGCCAAUGUUACAAUACAACCACCUACAGUAAAAGUAACGCCAGCAAUAGAACUCACUCCUGAAGAAAUUCUGUCGUAUAUUAUUCCACCCCCACCUGGAUCUAAUUCAUCAACUCUUGAUAGAGAACAAGUUAGAUAUGUCAAUCAUAGCCAAAUACUGGAAACAAAAAAUGGGCAAAACGUGCAUAAUGCAAAGCCGACAAAUGGUGAAGUAGUAAAGGGAACACUUAGUGUAAGUGAAAUUAGAAAUAUGUUUGCAGCAAAAAGCUUAAGUGAUGCACGAAAUAGUCUUUUAUUGAAAGAUAAAAGUAAACCACAAGUUCCUAUUAAAUCCGAUUCGCCAAAGGGUAAAAGAAAAAGUAUUAGUGGAGACAAACAGUCUAAUGGUAGCGCUCAUGUCAUAGAGUAUCCUACUGUUGAGAGGAAGGGCAUGUUCUCGUGUUGCAGUAAAGAUAAAAACAAAAGCGAUGACAAUAGCGAUGAAACUGAAAAAGUUGACAGCCAAAUGCAGAACUCAGAUUCGAUGCCUGAUGUUUGCGAAAUAAGACCACCGCCGAGAAGAAAAGGAUCUGAUACAAGAAAACCACCCGAAAGACCACCAAAAACACCGCCGACUCCAGCCCCGCGACCCAGGUCUAACUCAUUCACUUGUCUUAACAACGAGCUCACAGUUGUCGAAAUACCUAAUAGUCAUUUUAGUACAUUGAAUAAUAGGAAAUUGAAUUACAAAGUUGUCUGUGAAAUCAACGAGCAGAACAUGCAAAAUCCACCACAGUUACCUCCACGAUUAGAGAACAAAGUCUUAUCACCUCCCCCGCCGUUAUUACUACCUCCCAAAAAGCCACCGCUACCUCCUGUACCGAGUAUUGAAGUAUUACGGAUAAAAAACGCACAGAAACUGUCGCCUAUAAGACAUCCAGAACAACGUCUGGCUAGUAUAGGCUCGCCACACUUCCAGCGUAAUCUGAACACGUAUAAAAACCUCGAAAAUGAGAGCAGAGCAUCCGACGACGAGUGUUUAAACGUGAGGUCAUCGCAAAAUUACAGUUCGAUGACGCUGCAAAGUCGGCAUGUCCGUUCGAAUUCCGAAACGAAGAGCACAAUAUUGAAGAACAAGGAAAUAUCAACGGCGCUAACUCUAUGUUCGCCACAAAUGAAUAGACGGUUUAGUAACCGUCCCGAUCUAUUAAAUGGUGCUCCUGGGAAUGACUCUAAAAUGUUUAGUCCUCCGUUAUCGGAGCGUAAGUUUCGGAGAGAUAGUGCUAGUCCUACGCAGAAAGUUCAAAACCACGUGAGGUUUAAAGAGGACGUCGUGGAUGAUAUUCCGACUCCCCCUUCCCCGCCAACGGUGAAGUUUCCAGAGUUUCAGGCGGGGAACAAUGGCCACGUGUCGAUUGAGAAUCUGCUGUGCAAAACUGAAGUAGCUGUAGAUGGACUCUUGCAAAGACUGCACCAGGUUGCGCAAAAGUGUUCUCAUCAACACGCGCACGGUGGAGGGGAGGAUAUUGAUGAAAUUAAAUUCCAGCGCGCGCGUAGCGAGCUGACGUCGUGCGCAGUAUCACUGGUGGGAGCGUCGCGAGCCCUCGUCGGAGCGCUGGGGGCACAGCCCCCUACAGCCUCUGGUCCUCCCAGCGUGGCCGCCCCCGCCGCUCUUGCAGACUGUCUCACGCCUCUCAGGAGGCUUGCCGACCUUUCACAGGCACUAGGUAGACACACUUCUGCACCGCUUCAAACGAGAAACCUCGUGCUUCGAGUGCAUGAUGUCACAGCAGCGUUCAAGGAGCUAGCUGGCGCCGAAAUGGCACAAAUCAUCCAUGAACAUAACCUAAAAAAAGCCCACAACCAAGACCAAGACACCAACUCAACUCUCGACGGCCAACUCGCUCUCAGAGCGGAAUGUUUAGCAAAUGUAUUAGCUACCUUGCUCAGGAGUUUACGUGUAUUUUCGCCGUAAUUUAUUUACGCGCCAAAUUUAUCGGGUAUAGACAAAAGUAUAUAUAAUCUGUGCAAAGAUGGCUGCUCAUAACCAUAGGGUAAUUAUUAUUUUCUAAUCUACGUUGUCGGGCUAUAUACAUCCAUAAAUAUAGAUAAAAAUAUAUUUUGUUCAUUUGUUAAUUACUUAGGAAUUUCUGUUGAAAUAUAACCGUUACUAAAAUGAGACCAAAUAAAAUUAGGUACGUUUGUGUAUAAUAGUUGGCUACGCAAUGUGUUAAUUUUAGUUGUAGUUUUGUAAAUUUUAAUGCGAGUUAAUGUUUACAUCUGUUGUAUACAAUUUUGUAGCGUUAUUUUUACUCUACGGAUUCUAGGACCGCGUAACUUGAGCCACAGACUUAUAAAUAUCUACUAACUACAAUAAAAAAUAAUCUGCGCAUUAUAAAAAUAUUCUUUUAUGAUGUUUUUUUUUAGUAAAGAACUAAAACCAUUACACAAAUAUUGUUUUACAGUUAUAUAACAACCAUAAAGCAAAUUUAUAUAUUUUUUAAUUUGGUAAAAAGUUUAUUUUUAUAAUUUAUUUCACCCAUAUUACGUAUUGUGGUAAAAUGUGUAAAAUAAUGCGAAACUAAAUUAUAAAGCGUGCUGUGGCUCUAGUUAUAAAUGUAUAUCUAAAAAAGCUGGUACCUAUUCUGUGAAAAAAAAGUUAUUUAGUCUAUUAGAGGUUUCAUUAAACUAUUUUAUCUGUUCUUGCUUUAUUCCGUAGGCAAAGCGUUACCAUAGAGUAUAAUUAAUUUUAUCACAUAUCUAUUUACACGAGAAUUUUACUGUAUAUUAUUAUUAUUAAGAAUGUGUGAUCAGAAAUAGGGUGCAAUAUUCAAUAUUAAAAGUAACCAUAUCAAAACGAUUCACCAAUCAUAUCUCUCGUGUUUAAAAACACAAUUUUCGAAUCAAAACAUUGCAAGCUAUAUACAUUUUCAAAAUGCCGCGCAAAAUGUUUAAUAAUGUGUUGGCAGUUUGUUUUUUCUACUAAAAUGUUGCCAGCUGUCGUUUUUUGGUACACGCGAUGUGCUAAUAUUAAAAUAUUGGUGCUAUUUUGGAGAAGUGUACGUUUUUUGUAUUGUGAUCGGUUUAAAAAUACCCUGUAACUAUUAUUUAGAUGAUAUCUGUAUCAUAUGAUGUCAUAAUGCACCAGUGAUUUGAUUUUUAUGUAAUAUAUAAAAUAAGGUUGUUUUUGCAAUGCAAUAAUUUAAAAUUAAAAUCACUACUGCUAAUGUUUCAUAAAGUAUUACGUGUUAUUUAAAUUUUCUCGCCUGCUGAGUACAAUUUUUAUUUUUUUCACUGCACUAAUUCCAAAGUUUCUGUACCUACAGUAACCAAAGAGAUGAGAAUUUUUUAUUUUGUUUUUAUUUACUCAAUAUUUCAUGUUGUCUUUGGCUUUAUAUUCAUACAUAUAAUAAUUAUUUAUAUUCCGAAGUAUUAUAAUUAAUACUUUAAUUAUAUUAUUCAUCAUGUUACGCAGAUACACAGGAAUUUUAUAAUAAUUUAAAACAGAUUAGCUUCGAUGUUCGAGAGUUACUUGAAAUAAACAAAAUAAAGAGCAAAAUAGCAAUAAAUAGCAAUUUUCUUCUUUUUUACUAAUUAAUUAUUAACUAAGCAACGUCGGCUACAAUUUCAGGCGAUAUUUUGCUAAAAUAGCAAUCAAUCUUUUAGAUUUAAAAUUAUUUUUAGUAAUGGCAACUGUAUAAAACGUAUCCAACGUGUAUCGUGCAUUAACAUGUACCAACAUUGUAAUAAAAAUUAAACAUAGAAUUAUAUACAUAUAUACAAAUAAUAUUGUAUCAUCCCAGUUUAUUUAUUGUUCAAAAUAACAUAA